AGGUAAUACCUACAGCUUAAAGAAUCUUCGGAAUGAAGAGUCGAAGUUCAGUUACACAGUCGUCAAAGAGGUGCCUCCCGAAAAAGAAGCUUCUGAUAAAGAGAUCAUGGAGCGAAAAGAUAGGGAAAGUAAAAUGGGUCAAUUAAGUGCACGUGAAGGCACUUUUGUCGCCGAAACAGCUAAAGAAGGAGGCGAAUCUCUACAGAGACCGACGGUGGGGGACGUGUCAAAGGAUAAUGUUAUAGAGAAUACACCACGUCCAAAGGAUCUCGUACCAAAUGAGAUCAACGAACAGGAACCCACAACCAAUGACGGCGAUGACAAGGAGGAUAAACCCGAAGAGAAGCAUACAGAGCCCUUGUUUACUCCCCAGCAUUCUAUUGAACCUACAGACUGGAAACCAGUGGUGGUUUAAAACAUUUAAACUCUGACGCUGUAUCACAUCAUGUGACAUGAUAGUGUAAAACAGAAUUAUUAGACCAGACUAAUUUGUGUAUAAAGAUUAAAAUACUUGUAUUCUUUUAUCACUAGAACUUAAUUCCAAGUUAACAUGGAUAUCAAACAAUUAAUCAAUAAAACAAAUUAUUAUUAUUCCUUGUAUAACAACAACUUAACUGCCAGCGCUGAAAGUCUUCGAAAUGAUUUCUACAACUACAACUGAAAAGGAUUGAUUUCUAUCAUUAUAGUUUAAAAUUGGUUUCAUUCCCUGUUGAUUACAAUCGUGUAAAAUGCCGUUAAUGAAGUCACUGGGUUUAAUAUAUCACGUGACUAGGCUAGAAUAUGAGGAAACGAAGCUGACUUUAUCACUUGAAUAUGGUGACUCAACUGGUAACACAGAAAGGAUCUUACCUCAAUGUAUAGUGAUGUACAGAUAGUUUGAUUUGGUAGAUGCUCAGAGGCUCUGGUUUAGUGACAGGGGGCACAGGGACUUUCUGGCAACUAUAAAUGGGCGUACUCGGCCAUAGAAAGAAACAGCUAAAUAUUUUCUUCCGCUCAUAGAGUAUUUUGUAUAAAAGCAUCAAUGUUUUGCAUGUACAUCAACCUAUUUCAACAAUUUGUUUCAAUUAACCAAUAUUUCAUUUGUAAUUAAAAUCAUUUGACAUCAGAUGUAAGUAUUGUUGUACUUUGAUAUAGUAUUGAUAUCGUAUCAUCGUAUUCAUAGUACAGACUGUAUCCUCUACAACUCGGUUCAACACCUCCAAUGUAAUCCUUAGUAAAUUGAAUCACAAACUCGAAAA